AUGGCUAGCUCAGCUGGUAACAGUGGGAAGAAGUUGAUCCAAAUCGAUAUUAGUUCCGACAGUGUAUGUCCAUGGUGCUUUGUGGGAAAAAAGAAUCUCGAUAAAGCCAUUGCUUCAACUCAGGAUAAAUACGAUUUCAAGCUCAAGUGGCAUCCCUUCUUUUUGGACCGCUCUGCUCCCAAAGAAGGCGUCAACAAGAAAGAGUUCUUCAGGAAGAAAUUUGGAUCUCGAUAUGACCAAAUCGUAACUAGAAUGACCGAGGUUUUUAAGGGUUUGGGUUUGGUGUAUGACUUGGAUGGCCUUACUGGCAGUAGUUGGGAGAGCCACAGGCUUCUAUGGUUUGCCGGGCAACAGGGGGAUGACAAGCAACAUAAACUCGCUGAGGCGCUUUUUAAUGGCUACUUUGUUGAAGGAAAGUUUAUAGGUGACAAGGAGUUCCUUGUGGCAUCUGCUGCAAAGGUUGGGGUAGAAGGAGCUGCUGAGUUUCUGGCCAAUCCAAACAAUGGAGCAAAGGAGGUUGAGGAGGAUUUUCAGAAGUUCUCAUCCGAUAUAUCAGGGGUUCCUCAUUAUUUGAUCAAUGGGAAGUACACAUUGAGCGGUGGCCAGGGCUCUGAGAGUUUUCUGAGAGCUUUUCAAAUUGCUACUGGAACUUGA